UCCUCGGGGGGGAAGGGCAGGCGGCUGUGGAGCCCCCGCAGCAGCGAUGGAGCCCCGCUGCCCGCCCUGGCUGAUGCGCUUUGACCGGCCUUGCCGCCUCCUGCUCCACGCGCUGGCCUCGGGCCCCGCCGGGGCUCUGACCGCCUUCCGGAUGCUGCAGCGGGAACAGCCCCUCGAGGGACCGGGACAGGCGUUCCCCUGGCAGGCCCUCACCGCAGCCCUGUGCGCCGAGGAGCCCGUGCUGGAGGGGCCACGGGGCGUCCUGGCUGUCAAGCCACGGCUGCUGCUGCUGCCCAUCAUGUGCCAGAGAAACUUCUUCUCCCUGCUCCUCGUGACACGGGAUGCAGUGCCAGGGGGCUGCCUUGGCCAGCUGCUCCAGGCCAUAGAACAGGAUUCCCAUGUGGAUCCCUGGAUGCGGAUGCUGGGGAGUCUGCUCCAGCAGGGACUAAGAGCAGAAGAGUGCUUCCCAUCUCCCACUCCACUAUCUUCUGCAUGCCAGCAGCAGCUUAGGUGCCUGUGCCAGAAAAUUGCCCAGAGCAAACCAGAGGGGCAAAAGAAAUUGAACUGGUGCUUCAGUAACCAGCCUGAUGCCACUGGAGAUGUAGCUGACUCUGUGCCUCAGGGUGGAAAGCGCAAGAAAGUGUCGGAGGAGGGAGUGGAGUUGGUCAGUGACACAGAGAAGAAGAGGUUGCUGCUGGAGAAGGUGGCGUUUGACUCUCUGGGACCCCAGGAAUGUGGGAAUGUGAGAGGGAUAGAAGAGGAGGUGCCUCAGGAGCCUUCAGUGGAUACAUGUCCUGAGAGCACAGAUGGGGCUGUUCCAGAUAGCUCCCAGCAGGAUGCAGUUGGGGAGCUCAGGAAGAUUGCUCAGACAGAGCUGGCAGCAGAUGUCAAGGCCUUUCUCCAGAUGCAUGGACAGAAGCUGAAAAUGCUGCUGCUGCAGCAGUCCAGCCACUCUGAGCUGAGCAUCCCACCUGAGCUGUGCAUCCUGAACAACUGCUCCCCCCGCCAGCUUGAAGGACUGUGCUCCUUCCUCCAGCUGUCUGUGUGCCCAGAGCCCUUCCUGGGGCAUUUCUGCAGGUGGCUGCUGGCUCUCACCCCUGACCUCAGCUACACCAGCGCGGCCGUCCUGGCGGAGCAGCUCUUCCUCAGGCGAGUCCUGUCCCUUACCCAGCCACCUUCCCGACACCUCAUGGCUGCUCUCUCUUCAUUUUGCUCCAAGUAUUCCCAGCCCUUCUGCCACGUGGUGGUGGCUGCGGUCCUGCAGGAGCCAAGGAAAGGUACUGAGCAGACCAAGCUGGUGUGUGAGCUUGUGGAGGACUGCCUGGAGCCACACUGUGUGCAGCUGGUGCUAAGCCAAGUCUUGGAGAUGCCUUUGUCAGAGAAGCUCCUGCUGGUAGUGCAGGCUGUGCUGGGGCGGCAGGAGGUGCUCCCCCCAGAGCUCUUGGAUCUCCUGGUCCUGACUCUGUGCCGGCAGGCCUCAGCCUUUGCCACAUCGCUUGACUAUGCCAAGCUGGUGACGUCCAUGCUUACCAUGUACCAGAACCAGGUGAGUGAGACCAGGCUCGAGUCCUGCAGAUGGGCUGGUGAGCUGGCAGCCAGGGCUGCAGCUGGCCUGGGACCUGGUCCAGGGGUCUCAAGUGGGCUCCUGGCAGGGCAGCACUCCAAGCUUGUGCUCUCNGAGAGUGGGAUUUAG